GGUGCUGUUUUUUCUCUCCGCCAACUGGUGAAAUUCGCUUAGUUCUGCAAUGUCCUUCGCGAGCAGAAGCUCGUUGUCACUCUUGGUGUGUGUUGUCGCGAGCCUCGUUUCCCCGUCAUUCUCUGAGGACUUGCGACGGCCAAUCGAGCUCGCGAGCCAAUCCAUCGACACUCGCCUGCGGGCCUGCGACCUUGGGAACAGCGAAUCCUGCUCCCAUGGAAAUCCAAAUUCCGCUCAGCUCGACUUCUCUGGCUGCGACGAUGCCGAACCAGAAUCGUCGGGUGAAAAUGCGACUUCACGUUCUUCAGAGAGUCGUGGGGACGAAAUGGGGGGAGAUGGGGUCCAACCGCUGGCUAACGAGCCAUCCCGUUCAACUGAAACCGUCCGUGCGCUGCGCGCGUUGCAUGUCUUGGUCCAGUUGACAGACAACGAUGCUCAGAGUCGUAGAGAAGAUGUCAGAGACCGACUAUUUAAGGAUGUCCUUACAGUCGGCGGGAGAAUAUUGAACUACGUACCCAUUGACUCGUACCUGGUGCUUCUUCCCUGCGUUAAGGCGGCCUACGCGAUUAGCAGGCUCUCAUACAUUUCGUGGAUCGGUCGCUUACGAGGAGAGUCGAAGCUAGCGCCUGAAUGGGGUCCCAUCCUACGGCACUAUAAAACCUCCGAUAACAUCAAGGAGGGAAGCUACAUGUAUGACAUGAUAGAUGUGGACAAAGAAGGUCGACCAAUGGUCACCGUCGUGUUGCCUGAUCAAGGCUCAUACAGCGACUCCAAAGCAUACGCCUCCUUCAUUCACAGCACUCUGUGUGUUAAGUUUAGUCAUUUUGAACAACCAUUCGAAGGAUCAGAUUCAGCCCGUUUGCCAGAUUCGACGAUUUCAACUUCGGCAUUGAACCAGUCAUUGAUAAACUAUGCUGAAGAGAAGCAACAUCUCCAUCCACAGAAGAUUCGAGAUGAUUCCCGUCCUCAGCCACUGGAAGCUUCUGAAGACUCGUAUUGCUCCACAUUCAGCGUAUCUCUGGAAGGGAUAAGCACCACGACCACACAUGAAGGCUCGAACCGUGAUGAAACUAGCACUCCAGGCACCAGCACACAUGAAAGCAGCACAUCUGACGAAGCCCGGAGUCAUCAACGUGGCAUCGCAAGUCAAGAUCUGGUGAUCCUAGCAGCGCCGAAACCCCUCCUGCCUGCCGUGCUGCAGUGGCUGCAGCAGCAGGGGUGGGUGCAGUGGAUCGCCCCUCGGCCCCGCUCUCGCCUCCACAACCGCUGGGCCUCUGCUGUCACUCAAAGCGCCAGCACCACCGGCCUUGACGAGAACCCAGGGUUUGGAUCCACAGGACCGGGGACGGGCUCGGGCACUGGCAGGAGUGGGAAUGAGCAGAGGAGUGAGUUUGGAGCGGCAAGGCCUCUGUGGCGUGCUGGCAUCACGGGGUCUGGGCAGAUCGUGGGGAUUGGAGACAGCGGCAUCGACAUGCAGAGCUGCUUCUUCCGCGACGACACAGUGCCUCUCCCGGGCUCCUCGCACCGCAAGGUGGUGCAGUACCGAGUGGUCAACGGCGACACCGUGGACGAGCUGGGCCACGGCACCCACGUGGCUGGCUCCGUGGCAGGGGCGUGCUCAGCACAGAAGCAGCCGCGGCAGCCAGGGCAGCAGGGGCAGGGGCAGCCCGGGGACAGCGGGUCCCAGAGCAUGGACCUGUACCCUGGAAUGGCACCUGAUGCACGCAUUGCGUUCACUGACAUGGGCGAGGGGGAUGUUGGGUACAUCAUGCCUCCUGCUGACCUGGGGAGUGGGUACUACGGGCAGGCGAUGAGGGCGGGGGCGUUCAUCCAUUCGGACUCGUGGGCGUCAGGGGUGCGCGCUUAUGACUACAUGGCGCAGUCAGUCGACCGCUUCACCUUCUACAACCCCAACUUCCUCCCUGUCGUUGCUGCAGGCAACAUGGGCUCUGUGCACAAAGACUCAAUCUCCAUCUCGUCUCCUGCCCUCUCUAAGAACUGCCUCACGGUGGGUGCCACCCUCGGCAGCCUUGGCGCCUCCCCGUCCCUCCUCGGCACGCCCUUCAACCUCUCCAUCCUCGCGCCCUCGCCCUCCCUCCUCCCCUCCGACCGCUCCUGGUACCCCCUCCUUUCCCACGCCUUUGGCACAGCCUUCCAGUCGGGGCUGUGGGAGGGGGGCGUGGCGUGGGGGCUGGCGAGGGGGGAGCCGAGGGAUGGGUGUGGAGGAGUGAGGGGUGGGAGUGGGAGCCAGGGAGGGAGCGUGGCUGGGAUGGUUGUGCUGCUCGACGCUGGGAACUGCCUGUUUGCUGAUAAGUUGAAGAACGCGCAGGCAGCAGGCGCAGCAGCAGCAGUCAUUGUGGCCAAUGACACCCUGGGCUACUUCCCCAUGGCUGCCCCCUUCGGUGCCGACCCCAGCAUCACCAUCCCAGGUGGUUCUGUGCCCCAAGCAGUGGGGACUGUUUUGGACGCUGCUCUCCGGAGGGGACAGCCCGUGCAGGUCUCCAUCGCACCCCUCUCAGUGUCUCUGGCCUUCCGCCCUGCCAGCAUGGCGCGCUUCUCCUCGUGGGGUCCCACUCCUGACGGCCGCAUCAAGCCCGACAUCACUGCUCCAGGGGAGGGCAUCUGGUCGGCUAAGAGCAACCGCAACCUUCGCCAGCCGUCCUGUGCUGUCACACAGAUGUCAGGCACCUCCAUGGCGACGCCCAUCACAGCAGGCUCUGCCGCCCUCCUCCGCCAGUACUUCAUGGAUGGCUUCUACCCCACGGGAGAAAGGGUUCCAGCCAAUGGCUUUGUGCCAAGUGGCAUGCUGCUGAAGGCCACGCUGAUUAAUGGGGCUACAGCCCUCAAUGCUGCUAACGGUGACCGCUACCCAAUAGACGCACCUCCCUCGAUGAACCAGGGCUUUGGCCGCGUGCAUCUGAGCAAUGCUGUGCCCAUAGCAGGUACAGCAUCUUUCACUACAGUGGCGAUUGAGGGGCCGGCCCUGAAGACUGGUAACGGUUACCGCAUCUGCUUGCUGGCUGAUCCUGGGAGGAGUGAUGGAGGUGUGGGGAGUGAUGAUAUCAAGGUCACGCUUGCCUGGUACGACGCACCAGCAGCCCUGGUGGCCAAUCAGAACGCAGCAACGCCUCUGCUGGUGAACAACCUCGACCUCUCUGUCACCUCCCCCGCGGGACACACCUUCUUUGGCAAUGGGGGCGCGGCUCCCGACACCCGCAACACAGUGGAGCAGGUGCACAUCACAGCACCUCAGCUUGGAGUGUACACGGUGGACGUGAGGGCAGCGCAGGUAAACAUGCCCAUGCCAGGGACGGCAGCAGGUUCUACCCUAGGAAGCACACCAGUCAGCAAGGACGGGGGCCAGCGCUUUGCCAUCGCUGCUAGAGGCCCGAUCACUCAAGUGGACUGCCUCUAUGUACGAGCAGACCCCCCUCCUCCACCUCUGUCCAGAAGCCCCUCUCUCUCCAUCGCGCUGCUCUUCCCCGCCAGCCCAUCCACUGCUGUCCUCUGCAGCCUCACUCGGACCAGCAGCACAGCGCCAGCAGCAGCAGCAGCAGCAGCAGCAGCAGCAGCCGACAUGAGAAGUGGCGGAUUUUCAGACACUGCUGCUGACGGAUCACUGGUAGCAGACGAUGGAAGGUGGCUCGGAGGAGUGGCAGAGGAGGGGGAGGGGGGGUCCGAGGGCUUCGCAGGAGUCGCAGAGGGGGCAGGAGAGGCAGGGGUAGCUAGAGGUGAGGCAGGGAAAGCAGCAGGCGCUGCAGGGGAAGCAGCAGUAGCAGCCGGAGGAGAUACAGGGGAUUCUAGUACCUUGGAGGUGCUAGCAUGGGGCCCUUGCAGCUCACCUGUGAUCUUCUCACCCCUUGACACUGGCACCUAUGUGUUCUCAGCCCAACUCGUAGACGCCUCUUACACCAACACCCUCAUCAGCCCCCUUUACUCCAACACCUUUGCCAUCGAUCUCGAUGCUCCCUCCACCACACUCACCUCCUCCCACACCCCCGCGACUGCUGCAAUUGCUUCCUUCUCCUUCUCCUCCCCCUCUGUUGACGUCAGCCACUUCCAAUGCCAGCUCAGCGCCUCGGCCCUCUCACCUCCCCCCGCCAACCCCAUCACUCCUCAGCCAAUCACAUUCCGCCAAACGAGCAGCAUCCCCACCCGCAUGUUCAAAUGGCUCUUUCCCCCCUCUAUAGUCACUCAGAGCGAGGAACUCCCUGCUAUAAGCCCGGGAGGACAAGCCCCUCGAUUGGAUAUCACCCAGGGAGCCGCCACCUGGUCUAAUUGCUCUAGCCCGGUCUCUUACACUGGGUUCUAUGACGGCCGCUAUUCCUUCUCCGUGCGGGCAGUUGACCUGGCUGGGAAUGCGGAUCCUACCCCCCCUAUGGUCACAUGGACGCUCGAUACAGUCUUACCGAAAGCAGUGAUUCUUGAGGCGCCGCCGGUGUAUUCGAACCAGCGGAGUGUUCAGCUCGUGUUUGGUCUUGAUGGGGAUGCGGCGUCUGUGCAGGAAAGGGGCAUGCAGACGGGCGGCGUCGGUGAUGCAACUAGUGCUGCUGCACAAUAUGGGUAUUCUUCAGCAGACGCACCAGAACUGGGAGGAGCACAGCUGUCACAGCAGUCACAGCAGUCACAGCAGUCACCGCAGUCGCAGGGGCCAGCGGAGUGGAGCUGCAGACUGCAGGCGUGGAGUGGGGCCACGUCCCCGCCUCCUCUCUUUGACUGGAGCAGAUGCAGCAGCCCCUUCCAGGUGGGGGGGGUUAGCAGCAGUAACAGCAGCGGCAGUAACAGCAGUAACAGUACUAGCAGUAACGACAAUAGCAGUAACAGCAGCAGCAGCAGCAGCAGCAGUGGAUUUUUUCUAUCUGCCCCACUGUCAGACGGAACGUACCUCUUCAGUGUGCGUGCCACGUCAGCAUGGAACCGCAACGGGCUCAACAACGCGUCGGCCAGAGCAGCGUUCACUGUCGACUCCGCCCGCCCCCGCGUGCUCCUCCUCUCCCACCCGCCCUGCGUCCUCACUCGCCCCCAAGCCGUCUUCUCCUUCUUUGCUCCCAAAAUGGUCACUUUUACCUGCCUGCUCACCGCCUCCCCUCCCCUCCCACCCUCUUACCCCCUCCCCUCCUCGUCUUCACUCGCCUCCUCCCCCUCCUCUCCCUCGUCCUCUCCCCUCUCCUCCACCACCUCCCUCUCACCAUGUGUCGCCCCCCUGCGCUACGACCUGCCAGAUGGCAAGUACACGUGGCAGCUGUCAGGCGUUGACUGGGCGGGCAACAAAGCCAGAACGAAAGUUGUGAGGUUCGCAAUUGACCGCAGCCCCCCAACAGCCCGAAUCCUCUCACUCUCUGUCGUUCCCCAUGCUAACUCUACCACCAAUAAUUUAUCCUCCCCCCAGCCAACCACCCCCCCUCCCUCUGCUACGUUACUUGCCACCUUCACUGGUUCAGAUGGCCAAUAUGGCUCUGGGGUCUCGGGAUUCCUCUGCCAUGUGGCGCUGUCUGAUUCGCCAGAGCCAUACCCUCUCGUUCCAGGAGCCUGGGCGCCGUGCUCCAGUCCGUUGAAAGCACCUGGGCUUUCGCCUGGGCGCUACAGGGUGCUGGUUGUGGCACGAGACUGGGGGGGCAUGGUUAGCACGAGGCCUGCUGUAGGCACUUUCACUGUGCUGCCGCCACUGGCGGUGGUGAAAGGUGUGCAGGGAGAGAGAGGAGAGGAAAGCCGAGCAGAUACUGCUGAAUUGGGUGCUGGUGGUGAUAUACUUGUAUUAGAGCCUGCUGCUGCUGCUGCUGCUGCCGCCGCUGCUGAUGUUCCAGCAGUGUCGUUCGUGGGCCCCUUCCCAGCAGCAUACAGCAGCGAUAACUCAACCAAACUCCACUUUGUCACCUUGCACAAUAACAAGACAUCCUCUAACGAGGACAGAUCCGAUACAUCAGACGGAGCAGCAGCACCUUCUGAGGGCGCUCUUGUAUCCAUUCCCCCUCAACCGUCUACUCCUCUCCAGUCACCUCCCCCCUUCCUCGCAUGGCCGUGCAGCAGCCCUGUCCUCCUGCCCUCACUCCCAGACGGCCAGCACCAGCUAUUCGUGCGGCCUGUGGGAGCACUGAGCAGUGUGGGGGCAUGGGCAUGCUUCUCCUGGACUGUUGACACCACCCCACCCUCCACCUCCAUUUCCUGGGCCAAUCACAGCGUGCCAGGUGUCGCCUCCUCACUGAGUCCCACAGUGCGGGUGUUGGGUAGGGAAGAGGCGAGGGGGAGUGGGGUGGUGCGGCUGGAGUGUAGACUGGAGUCAAUGAUGGGGGUAGAGGGGGCUGAAGUGGGUGCGGGCACCAAUGGAAGCACUUUCACGUGGCAGCCUUGCGUUGGCUCAUUCCCAGCCGCUCCCGACACACCACCAACCAAUCAGAGCACUGACAGCUCUACCCUCCCUCCCUGGCCGCCCUCCCCCUCUCAACUCACAGCUGACGUCACCCUCGCCUCUCUCCUCCCCUCUCUACCUGUCGACCCCUCCCCCUCAUUCCCCACUCAACCGCCACUCCUAAACCCUCUUCGCGACGCCACUCUCCCGGACGGAGUGUAUGCCUUCAGCGCACGGGCAGUGGAUGCAUCAGGCAAUGCGGACCCCCAUCCGCCCUCUGUGCAGUUUGUGGUCAAUGCUUGGGCGCUGGCUCUUGCUGGGAUAGAGCAAGGGGAGGAGGCAGAGAGUGAGGGUGACAGUGGGGAUAUUGCGGAGAUUCUUGAUGCUCCUGAGGGCGGAAGUGGUGGUGGUACAGCUGAUGCGGCAUCGGAUUCUGCCGAAGCUCCCUCCGUCCUGCUCUCUCGUGCCUUCCCAGUGGUCGUCAUUGCGUGUGACGGCCGCUGCACCGCCAUGCUGCCAUCUCGGUUGCUCCCUGGGAGUCCUCAACAGUCAGGAAAACCAACUCUUUCCAGCUCACUGUCCCGGGCAUCAGCACAGGCGCCAGCACCAGCAUUUUCCCUACUCCCGUCCGCAUCGUCAUCCCCAUCAUCUCCCUCUGCCGCUCUAGAGUCCCUCAUGGCACCCAGUGCUUCCAGCAGCGAGGGCUUCAGGGUGGUGGUCGGGGGAGGAGAAGGGGGGUCGGGAGCCCUGGAGGGGGGUGUGGCAGCUGCGCACAGCCCAGCAGCACACAGCACAGAAGCAGACAAGGCAGACGAGACUCCUCUGGUGUUCCGAGUGAUCUCUGAUGUGGUCUCCUUCGCCUUCCCGCCUGCUUUACCGCCACUUGACGCUCAUCCUCCCCCUCCCGCUGGCUUGGAAACGGGGCUUGACUCCCAGCGGCUGGAUGCCCUGGGGUGUCCUCUGCUCAUGCUGCGAUUCACCAUGCCAGCACCUUGCGAAGCUAACAGCGGCAGCACGCCUUGUGGCAGCAUGCAAUUGCCGGGAGCUGAACCCGCCUCGACAGCAGGAUCAACACUAGUAGAAGCAGCAGCACCCAUCGCAGAAGGUUUAGCAGCGUUGGUACCAUCCCCAGAAGCAGCAGCAGCAGCAGCAGCAGCAGCGGCAGCAGGAUCAAUGCCACCAGCGGCAGCACCAGCACCAGCAGCACCAGCAGCAUCGACAUCAACAUCACCACCAGAAGCACUCCUAGCAUCAGCCUGCAUUGUCUUUCAGGCCUUCUCUCUGCAGGAGGUUCUCUCCUCCGCCAUGAAUGCCUCUCUCCCUGCACCCGAUACCAUCAGCAUCCUCUUCCACCCUCACACCACACCCACAUCCCCACCAUCCGCACCAUCCGCACCAUCCCCACCAUCCGCACCAUCAUCAUCCCAAGCAUCCCUACCAUCAUCAUCCCAAGCAUCCCUACCAUCAUCAUCCCCAUCCCCAUCAUCAGGCACACCACCACUCCCACCAUCCUCACCUCUCCAGCCGCAUCGCUACCCCCCGGUGGGCGGCUGGCAGGUGCUGGACUCCACUCUGCUCUGGCAGCAGGGCGGCCUUGCCACCUUCACUGCCCUCCGCCCUGGGCUCUACACUGUAGCCAUCAGAGAACGCAGCAACCAACCGCUGUCAACUACUCUCAGCCAUCCCCCUCCAGCUGCAGACACAACCCCCCCCCCUGCAUCCGGCAAGGCUUGGGUGAUUGCCCUCGUAGUCUCGCUUGGUGUGGGUGCACUUGUGGUCGUGGUGGGGCUAGCUGUAUUCUUUGUCAGGGUGAAAAGCCGGGGCAGAGCAAAGGUCUCACCGCACCUGCGCAAGUGAGGACGAGUUUCUCCAAGUCCCCCCCUGCGUCCAGAAAGGCGUGGGUGAUUGCUCUCACAGUCUGGCUUGGCAUGGGUGUGAUCGUGGUUAGGGGACGGGCCAAGGCAAAGGUAGUAUCACCGCAGCUGCGCAAUAAUCACAAGCGGGAACAGAAAUGAUCAUAAUCAUCAUGAUUAUGAUACGAUUAUGUAGGCUUCUGGGGCUGCAUGGGAAUGGGCAUGACUGGUUCCUUCCCCGGCUGCUUCCUGUGAGGCCCUAGGAGAUUGCUCCUACCAUGCCCCGUCUUGGCAUUGGUGAAGCUCUGCUGCACUGGUUGCUGUGCUGUCUUGCAGCACUGGGUGAGCUUCUCGGCUAGGGUAUGAAAAGUACCCAAGUUAUUGGUGUCCCUUAUAACAAACAGUGAAAUUGAUGAAUAGAGAGAGAGAGUACACAAACAUAUACCUAACUGUUGUACUCUCUAGAAGAUGACCCUAUA